GAUCCAUCCAAAGUUUCAAACCCACCCUCUCAUUUCGAAUAAGCUGUUUUAAGUUUGUGCUCUCACGUGGCUGUUGACUGGUGAGAAUAGCGGCCACGUCAGUCUCCAUCCACGAUCGACCCCUAUAUGAAUACGAAUAUAUACGAUCGAGUCCCGCGCCAUGAGGCGCAAGUCGCAGCCAGGGUGAUUGCUAAAGCGUACGAGAAUGAUCAGAAGGAUAUCAAUUUGGUAUCAUAUUUCUGAGGGAGUCGUUGCUAGAGGAAUUUCGAAGUUCGGCGUCAAUGUAGUUCGGUCUUAUUGUGAUGGCUCCCAGUCACGCGUUCGCCAUCAAAAGAUUCCAGGGCCGCUUGUGCAGUAUAGAAGUCUGGUUGAGCAAGGGAAGCUGCAACAUGAUCCUUAUCAAGAAAGUGUUGCUUCAGAGCUAGAGAAGUUGCUUGCAAGGUUGGAGCAGUAUGACAAAGAAAUGGAGGAAUAUCAGGUAAAUCUGUUCAACUGGGAGAAGAAUCGGGAAAGUGAACGUCGUAGACUCAUGAUGCAGGAAGUCGAGCUCCAGCAACAACAAGAGGACUGGUGGAAGCGGUUAACCGAGCGUCGAAAUAAACUUGUUGAAAGAUGGACCUCUCGGAAAAUGCCAAAAAAUAUGGAGUCAGGAGUGGGAAAAUGGGUUUCGCAUCUCAAUCGUGAGAAGAAAUUAGACUCACUGGUCGGUCCUCGUCCAAAAGCUCCACCAGCCCCAAAAGGACUUUACAUUUAUGGCAAUGUUGGCAGUGGGAAGACAAUGCUGAUGGAUAUGUUUUAUAUUGCCACUGAACGAAUUGUUAAACAUCGAAGAAGGUACCACUUUCAUGAGGCCAUGCUAAAAAUAAAUGAGCAAAUGCACAAUAUAUGGAAGAACCAAACCGAGGAGAAGUCUUUGCAAUCAAGCAUUUCUAGUUGGAUCAAGAAUCUUCCCUUUGACUCAAAAGCCAAGGAGUGGCUAGCUGCAGAAGAAAGAUACAAAGAAGAAGUGCAUAUGAAAAACAUUCUCCUUGCUGUAGCAGACAAGUUUUUUGUGGAUCAAGUAGAGAAUGAAGGGGGAGCUAGGAUUCUGUGCUUUGAUGAAAUACAAACUGUUGAUGUAUUUGCUAUUGUGGCUUUAUCUGGAAUUCUAAGCAGAUUGCUGAGUACUGGAACUAUAAUUGUGGCUACCAGUAAUCGAGCACCAAAGGACUUAAAUGAGGCUGGUAUGCAAAAAGAAAUCUUCCAAAAACUCGUCUCCAAAUUGGAAAAACACUGCAAUAAUGUAUUAAUUGGUUGUGAAAUUGAUUACCGUCGUUUAAUAGCACAAAGAUCGGUAAACCAGGUACAUUAUUUCUGGUCUCUUUCGAGAGAUGCUGUGAAUGAAUUUGAGAGAAUGUGGCACGGUAUGACAGGAAGAAUGGGAAGAAAAAUAGUCUCCAACACUAUCUCGGUGAUGUUUGGAAGGACACUUGAGGUUCAUGAAAGCUGUGAUGGAGUUGCCCGCUUCACAUUUGAGUAUCUUUGUGGACAUCCGUUGGGUGCAGCUGAUUAUAUUGCAAUAGCUGAAAACUAUCACACUGUUUUCAUAUCUGGCAUUCCAGUGAUGAGUAUGCGUAUUCGUGACAAGGCACGGAGAUUCAUCACCCUUAUUGAUGAAUUAUACAAUCAUCAUUGCUGCUUAUGUUGUUUGGCAGCCUCUUCCAUUGAUGAGUUAUUUCAAGGAACUGAGGAGGGAACACUCUUUGACUUGGAGAGUUUCCAAUUUGAAACAGAGAUUGAAGGUGGGAAACUUAGACGAAAUGUCUUAGCAGAAGGCAAUGUGGGAUCAGGAGGUGCCCCUUCUGGUAUCACAUCCAUUCUUUCUGGUCAGGAAGAGAUGUUUGCUUUUCAGCGAGCUGUCUCACGCUUGAUUGAAAUGCAAACGCCAUUGUACUUGGACGGAGUCAGUAAUUUCCACCCUUACUUCCAGAGGCAACGUCAAGAAUCUCAUAAGAUAUCUCACGAUAACUUACAACCUGAUAUAUCAGUCUGAACAGUAACCAUUAUUUCUGCCAGCUAAUCAACUGUUUAAGAUGCAGUUCGUGGCUUCAGUUCUAGUGAGCCUACACUUCCUUGCUUUUUAGCAAUAAGCAUCGGAAGAGUAGUGAUUAACUUGGUGGUAAUGCCGAUUCUUUGUUCCUUAUAUCCAUAGAUAGCGCAGCAAUGCAUAAAUAAUUAAUGUUUCUUUUUAAGUUGUUCUCGAUAUCGAAACUCUGAAUGACGCUCAAGUGUAUCAGCGUUGUUGUUAGUAGAGUGGCGAAUCAUGAUUGAUCUAGUUCAAUGGUAAUUUCUUUUUUCUUUUCCAACUUGAUGAACUGAUCCAUAAAUCAUUGGAUAUAACAGAUGUUGAGGGUGAAAUCUGGAGCUUUAGUGAAAUGCUUACCUGUUUUACA